GAGGACGAGCUGUGGGAGGGAAAACAUCGAGCAAAGGCGGGGGAGGAGACGGGACAGCGCCGAGAAGGGAAAAUUUCAAAAUUUCCGGGGCAAUUGACUGGCGCCAUCCGACACCAGCUACUCCCGCCCUUCUUCCGCGGCGCGGCGCCAUAAUCCGAGAUCUGACCCUCCUUCCGCCCCCCAAAAUUCAUCACAUCAAACACCUCUCGUCUCUCCCGGGGCACCCACCUCCCGAGCUUCCUCCUCAUUUCACACCCCACUUCUCCCGCCCUUUCUCGAGCGCGUCUCCAUGGCCAAGAAAGGCGCCGGCGGUGAGGAGAGUGUGGUCGUGCCGGCGCAGACGGAGCAGGCCAAGCAAGGCCCUCCCCGAAAGCGCAACCCGUGCCCCGGAAUCCGCUGCGUCGGCGGCCGGAUCUAUGACCCGGAGAACGGGAAGACCUGCCACCAGUGUCGUCAGAAGACGAUGGACUUUGCUGUGGCUUGCACGCAGCCCCGGAAGAAGGGGCUCUGUCCAAUCCACUUCUGCCACAAGUGCUUGUUCAACAGGUAUGGCGAGAACGCCGAGGAUAUGACCAAGGAGGCGGGCUGGACCUGCCCCAAAUGCAGGGGCAUCUGCAACUGCAGCUUCUGCAGGAAGAAGAAAGGGGAGACGCCUACAGGAAUACUGGCCCAUGCUGCCAAGGCGUCAGGGCACUCGUCCGUCCAUGAUUUGCUGAUAAAGGGCUCCGACAUGGUGGUUGCUGCACAGACGCUGUCCUCGCUCCCUAAGAAGAUCAAGAAGGAACGCAAGGAGGGCAGCUUAAAGAGGGCGCUAGGGACAGAUGAUGCUACCGGUGGAUUGUUUGCUGAAGGGGAUGAGAAUAUUAAGACUGAUCUCAAUGCACUUCCUUCAGUUCCUAUCAAAAAGAAGCUGAAGAAGAUCAAGAAGGAACACAAGGAGGGCAACAUAAAGAAGGUGCCAGGGACAGGCGAUGCUACUGAUGGAUUGUUGACUGAAGGGGAUGAGAAUACAAACACUGAUCUCAAUGCAUUUCCUUCAGUUCCUACCAACAAGGAGCUGAAGAAGAUCAAGAAGGAACACAAGAAGGGCAACAUAAAGAGGGCCCUAGGGACAGAUGAUGGUACUGAUGGAUUGUUGGCUCAAGGGGAUGACAAUACAGGGACUGAUCUCAAUGCACUUCUUCCAGUUCCCAUCAGCAAGAAGCUGAAAAAGGGCAACCACAGGGUAAAUGACAUGACUGCUGAUGAAAAGUGCCCUGUUGAAAUUAAGGGCGAACUUCACAUUAGGAAUGAGAGCACUGAUGUCCCAGGGACCAAAAUUGAGCUACCCAUAGGUACUCCAGUCACUGACAUUGCAGGGGCUGAGCUGGAGGUUGAUGAUGUUGGGUCUGCACUUCAGUUUCAUGAAUUCUGCCGCACAUUUGCAGAGGUUCUUAAAAUAAGAAAGGGACAGCCAGAAAAAGUUCUUCAAGUCAUCACUGGAGGAGGCCGUAUCGGGCGAGAGGUGCCUUCAGUUGUUGCUGACCUUCACAUUAGUUUGUUAUCUGUCAUCCAAGAAGACAGAGAAGAGAACCCUUCGGACUAUUCAAGGAAUGGUGAUGCUUGGAUAAUUGAUACUGGCAAAUAUAUUAGUGAAUCCACAGUUAUCUCGAAGGAACUGCCUGUUGAUUGUUUAAGUCAAGGGGUAUUAGGAUAUAAAAAAUUGAGCCCUUCUUUAAAGCUGCAUGUGCUGAAUUUUCUGUGUGAUGAGGCCCUUUCUACUACAACAUUAAAGAACUGGGUUCUCAAACAGCAUGAAAGUGCAACUGAGAGAAAGGUUGCUGCAAGGGAAAAAUUCCGUGCUGUCAAGGAAAAGGAAAAGGAGCUUAAAGAAAAACUAACUAUUAAGAUGGCUAAACCAAGGUUUUUGAGAAAUGGAGCAGAAAUUAAUAGUCUCGUUUCUCAAAUUAAGGAGGCAUAUGAAGACAAGAAGGCAGUAAUAGAUGAGGAGAAGCUGGGAGGUCUAGUUAGGAAAAAGCCUGUCAGGAUAGAUGAAGGGGUUGCGUACUGGAAGCUGGAUGGUUAUUGUGAUAAGACAGCAAUAAUGCGCCAAGAGUUUGACGCAACAGAGAACACUGACAAGUGGUUUAUGUUCACCGAGGAAGAAGAAAAAGUAAUCAAAGGUCAUGUAGCCCCAAGGCCCCAGUUGAAGCGCAAAAACAAAACACAUACCUUGGCUGGGCACAAUGCUCUACCGAUCUCAAGCUCCAUGAAAACUCAGACUCCUGUUUCAGCUGUUUGAAGGUGGAUGAGCUAUGCUAGCUGAGGAAUGGGGCGCUGCAGAGGAUAUAAGUGGCUGAGCUUUGCUGUAGGGAAGUUACGCAACUGCAGAAGAGCCAACAACUAUCUGAAGAUGCAGUCACAGCAUUCUAUUCCCUGGGUCAUGCCAUGUUUUGUCUGGAUUGGAACUUUGGAAGUUGUUAUUUUUACGUUGCAAUUGUUCUGUACAUGUUAUUACUAGUUUAAGGGAAGGUUUCUGUGAAACAUCCAUUGCAUUGGUCUGAAUAAUCAUCGUUUGAAUGUUCUCACUAUGGUUGUAUAAUCAAAUCGUCCUGUAGCAUGCAUGUACCAACAAAUUGACUUCACUGUACUGUAUCUGGUGAUCAUGUUAUUACUCAUGCUCCUACUCUUUUAUGGUCA